AUGGCGUCUUCUGUAAAUAUUUCAGUUGAGGCCCCAAUUGAAAAUCAAAUACAAGAAAUUUCUUAUGAUGGCACAGAAAUAUAUCAAACACCACUUUCUAUGUCAGAAAAUCUGGCGAAAUUGGCUCAAAAAAUCGACUUCAAUAAAAUUCCCAUUGAUGAUAAAAGGGACAACAGAAAAGAUGAACCCAGAGGUAUUAAGAGAGAAAAUGGCUUUGAUCAAGCAAAGGGAUCAGAGGAAUCUGAUUCUAAAGAACAUGUUGCUUAUCAAUCUUCCUUAUGGCCAUGGGAUUCAGUCAGAAAUAAAUUGAGAAAUGCCUUGACAGAAGUUUGUGUAUUGUCAGAUGUACUAGUUAUAGCAAAAGAAAAAAAAUACAUGGUGUUAGAUCCAGUUCCUCAGGAUCCGAUUGAGACCAAAGCAAUGGCACAAAUUUAUGCAAGGAAGAAAGCAUUGACAGGAGCAGCUUCUGUUUUAAUAUCAGGAGCUGAAAGAAUGAGAGCAUCUCAAAGUGAACACAACAGGAAUAGAUCUCCUGAUUUCCACAUUGAACUAUUAAGGCUGAGGCAAAACUGGAGGCUAAAAAAAGUUUCAAAUGCCAUCAUAGGAGAUUUAAGUUAUAGGACUGCUGGAUCCAAGUAUGCACAAACAGGGAUGUUUGAAGUUACAAAAGCAGAAGAUGAUGACAAAGCAUCUAGUAGUCCACCAACAUCUCCCAGUGUAUCUGUACUACCGAAACCCUCCUCUUCUGCUUUGAGGGUUACAGUUCCUAGUGAGUUGCAAGGAGUAGCAUAUAUUGAAGUUUUAUGCCAAAAAGAUUAUGAAGAUUUGUGUAAUGCUAAUAUUAAUCUUUUAAGCACUGGGCCAUCUGCAUCAAACCCAGAGCAACAUUGGCAACAAAAACUAGAAGCUGCUCAAAAUGUUUUGUUUUGUAAGGAACUAUUUAAUCAAUUAGCUAAAGAAGCAGUACAGCUCCAGGGUCUUAUUCCACACAUGGUCGUUGGCAAUCAAAUUAUGGCAACUGUUCUACCAGGUAUUCAACUAAUCAUAGGAUUAUGUCAUAGUACAGGUAAUGAAAAAAAGAAUAGUGUGCCGCCUCCACAAAAAACAGAGCAUGAUCACGUUCUAGAGCAUUCUCUGCAUCAACUUUUGAGAGAAGUUCAUCAUAAUAACACUCAUCAUCCUUUUCCACAUCCCAGUUCGGGUCCCAUUGGACCUAGUAAAAAAAGAAUAUUAGCUGGUCCAACAGCUAGUGAUCGUCACGAGUUAUUAGAAAUGACAAAAAGUUACACAUUAUUAGAGCAAAUUAUUCAGCAAGCUCAACACUUUUUCAUGAGGCUUCGCACCGAAUAUGUAUUGGAUACAAUCGCUAAAGAAAUGAAAGAUCCUCUUAUCGUAUCUCACUGGAACGCGUUAAAUUCUCCUACCCAAUCUUGUGUUAAGAUUAAUAUAAUGACUCACGGCUAUGACACAGUUUGCCGGACUUCAUUAGUCGUUCACAUAGGAGAAAAAGCAUUGAAGUGUGUUUGUCGAGAUGGAAGAGUGAUGCGUAUGUCGUACGAACCUCAAGAACUUCGAGAUCUUCUUUACUGUCAGAUAUAUCAACAUCAAAUCACGGCAGCACAAGCUUUGGCUAAAUGUAUGGGGUGGCAAAUAUUAGCAAACAGUUUGCAUUUAGGACUUGGAUCCGUAGAGCCUUUGGGAAACGCUAGUAGUAUUAUUUUGACAUCGCCUACUGGAGACCGAAUGAUUGCUGUUCGAUGUGAACCACAAUUUGGUAUUCAAGUAUGGAUAGCACAAUCUCCAAGAAAAGAUUUUUUCCCCGGUCAGCUAGUCAAAGAAAGAAAAUGGGAAAAUUUAGGAGGUGGUUUCAAAGAAGUGAGAUGGGAUAAAAUGGAAGGGAAAAAUUUUUUAAAUAAAAUGGAAUUAUUAAUGGCCAGUUUAACGAGUUCUCAGUAA